AUGAACGAGCAGAUUGCCUCCGGUGGCUCAUUUCUUUCUGAUGCCGUUGAGCAACGCUGGCGGUACUUCAAAUCCACCGCAUCUUGGACCCUCUCUACCGGGAUGAGGUGUUGGUACCAAACGACAAUAGACCAUCUCAAGGUGCACCUUAACAUAAUGACUGGAGAGCUACUUGUUAACGACCUACCUCUUUCUCGUCUACCUGCGGACUACGAAACCCAUCAUGAAUAUGAGAGAAUAUUCGGUGAUCUUUCACACAACGUUAUGCCAAGCACGAGCUCGGGCAUGGUCUUCUGCACAGCCCAGCUCCUCCACGGCUACACAGUCCACUUUGGAAGGGAAAGGCAAGACUUGCUCCUCCGCCUAUAG